UUUUGUGUAUUGCCGGGUUUCAAACGUCGGCUAUCAAUGUUUCCUGAAUWUUGAUAUAAGAUAUUUCUCGUGCCCUAAAAGAAUAUAAGGAAAAUGACAGCUUUUAUCAUAUAUGGUAUAGUUUUUCUCUCCUCRUUUUGUGCCACUGCGCAUGCUCAGUACCAGCCCACAUGGGACUCACUMGAUUCCAGGCCACUGCCGUCCUGGUACGACGAUGCCAAAUUUGGAAUCAUAAUGCAUUGGGGAUUGUACUCGGUUCCAAGCUUCGGAGUGGCGGCCGAGUGGUUCUGGAACUAUUGGAAAAGUGGCUCUCCACAAUACAAAGAUUUCAUGUUAAAGACGUACGGUCCCGACUUUGAGUAUCCGGAUUUUGCMCCUAUGUUCAAAGCGGAGUUAUUUGACCCUGAUGUUUUUGCGACGUUGGUGCAGAAGUCUGGGGCAAAGUAUUUCUUACUGACAAGUAAGCACCACGAAGGCUGGACGAACUGGAGAUCGAAUGUGUCUUGGAAUUGGAACUCUGUUGAUAAUGGUCCCCAUAGAGAUCUUGUAGGAGAUCUUGCAAAGUCAAUCCGAGCCAAUACCGAUGUUAAGUUUGGUUUGUAUUUCUCUCAGUUCGAAUGGUACAAUCCUCUGUACCUCAAGGAUCAGUYAAGUGGCUACAAAACAAAUACAUACGUCGAGGAAAUUUCUCAGCCACAAUUGCACGACCUUGUCAAUAAAUACAAGCCYGAGUACAUCUUCUCUGACGGUGACGUGGGCUCGGAUGACUAUUGGAAAAGYAAAGAAUUCUUAGCGUGGCUUUACAACGAGAGCCCAGUGAAAGAUACAGUUGUUGUAAAUGACCGAUGGGGAAAUGGAGUGUGGUGUAAACACGGAGGUGUAUGGACUUGUAGCGAUCGAUAUAAUCCAGGGGUUUUGAUAAAACAUAAGUGGGAGAAUGCCAUGACGGUCGAUAAGUUGUCGUGGGGUUUCCGACGUAAUGCCGACGUGUUCUCGUACAUGUCAAUAGAGGACCUUAUAUACCAGCUCGCUUCUACAGUCAGUUGUGGAGGGAAUAUGCUGCUCAACGUUGGUCCCACUGCUGAUGGUCGUAUUGUUCCUAUAUUUCAAGAACGUCUUCUUCAGAUGGGUACAUGGCUUGACAUCAACGGAGAAGCGAUUUACUCUACCCGACCGUGGCGCGUCCAAAAUGACACAUCUAGAAUAUGGUAUACCAAGACAACAAGYGCAUUGUACGCUAUCGUUCUUGAUUGGCCGAGCUCUGGUCACCUGACACUUCGUGAGCCAAUAACGUCAGAGCARACUAACGUCACUCUWUUGGGAUUUUCUGGAAAGUUUGAGUGGAAAGCACAGCCAAUGAAAGGCCUUGUAGUGUCAAUACCGCCAAUUACCAUCGACAAACUACCCUCGRAAUGGGCGUGGGUUUUUAAGCUAACGAAUGUUUCGUAAGGGCGAAAAWGUUUAACUGUCAAAAUCUGUUAAAACAUGGAGUGAUAAUGGGAAAUAGGGAGAUUACUGGAAAUUUUAGCUUUUGAUUUCCAAAUAGUGACCAGUUCAUAGAUCUUGUAUGGAUUUUAUUCGCUAGAUAUAUGGAUUUUUCCAGUGGUUACAUUCCGGCACGAAAAUGUUAGAAAAAUAAAUUUUAAUAGCGCAAAAUA